AUGUCAUCCAUUGAAGAGUUUAUAACUCAAUCUCCAAUAAUCGUUCAAUCUUCUCUUUCUCAACUACGAUAUUUAAUUUUAAGUGAUGGUUUACCUGCUAUAAACAAUUCGAAAACUCAAAAGAUACGAUGUUAUGUUUGGUCUAUUCUCUCGCGAACAUCAAUGAAUGGUACUACACAAAAUUACCUGAACUUACUUCAGUUUGGGCCUCCAUCCAAUAAGAUAUUUAAAAAAAUAACAGAUGACACAUUUAGAACUUUCCCAACUGACUCGGAUUUCACAUCACAGGUACCAAAGGAUGUCCUGACAAGAUCUCUUUCAUGCUUUGCAUGGCAAACUGAAGAACGUAACGAAAUUAUCAAGCUGGACAGACCCACUGAUAAAGGAACUCAUCUUCUGGAUGCUAAUUCUGACCCUACUUUAAGUAAGAUUGAAAUAAGUACAUAUGUGCAAGGUAUGAACGUCCUAAUGGCAACGACAUUAUACGCAUGCCCUACUGAACCUAUGGCGUUCCAAAUCUUCUCAACUUUAUGUUACUCGAUGAUACCGACGUACGUGACCACUAAUAUGAUAGGUGCUAGAAAUGGUGUCAAAUUAUUAGACCUUUGUUUAAAGAUCAUUGAUCCUAAAUUAAGCAAUUUUUUAAGUCGACAAUUACUUACCGCAGAGAUUUAUGGAUUACCUUCGAUUUUGACAUUUUCUAGUUGUAAUAAGCCUUUAAUUCAAGCAGUGAAAUUAUGGGAUUUCAUGUUUGCUUAUGGAUUUCACAUGAAUAUAUUAUUGGUGGUUGCCAUGUUAGUAUCCAUAAGAAAACAAAUACUGGAAUCAUCUAAUCCCAUGAAUCUAAUAACAAGAAAUCUUCCUGCAUUUAACGCAGAUGAGUUGAUUAGCCUGGGUGUGGGAUUUAUAGCAAAGAUUCCCAUUGAAAUCUAUGACUUAUUAGUGAAUCACUUAACUGACCCAGAUAUUAAAAUACCAUCCACAUUUGAAUUGACUUAG